UUAAUGACGUUAUAAAAGUUAUCGAUACCAGUUGUUUUAACAGAAUUGCUGAGUAUAAGUGAAUUUAAAAAAUAAAAAAUAAAGAAAAAAGACUGAAAAUGAUACUCUGGUCUUUACCAAGUAUCAAUAGAAAAUCUACAAGGGAUUUUGUGGUCGUAAAAGAACCACUUUAAAAUUAAAACGAGACUUCCAUAGUAGUAGUCGGCUGUAAAGUCUUGGAUUUUAAACUGGACCCACAAACACAAAUAAUGCUAUUGACAUUGGUAAAUCCGCAUCAGAGUGCGUACAACCCAAAUCAAAAAUAAAACUGUUCGAAAACGAUCCCAACAAAAUGAAAAUGGUUGGGUGCCACCCAAAUGACAAAAAGGUGAAAUAUGAUGGUAUUAAAAGUAAAACUUCUUCCGUAACCAUUCUAACUUCCGUACUAAAUGAUGCUAUAAGCGCCCUCAAGUCUGCGUUUUACAAAAAUCAAGCUCCAAUUAGCGAGCAAAACAGAUCUCAAAUUGUUUCGAGAAUGUCAUUAUUAAGGACAAUACUGCUUAUUAUAAUUUCAAUUCACUUUAAAUUGGCACAUGCAGAUCAGGUUGUUCUAUUGGAUACAACUCGAGAAGCUACAUUAGAGUGGACCAGGUAUCCAUAUGGACCUCAAGCCCAAACACCAGGGUGGGUGGAGGAGUCAUUUACCGACUUCGUUAAGGGCAUUAACUGGAGGAGCUAUGUGGUUUGCGAUGUGGCAUAUCACAACGUCAAUAACUGGUUGUGGUCGCCGUUUAUCGAUCGUGGAUCAGCAAACCGACUUUACAUUGAAAUUCAGUUCACAAUACGCGAUUGUUCUUUAUUCCCAGGAAACGCCUUGUCAUGCAAGGAAACAUUUAGCUUACUUUUUUACGAGUUUGAUGCGGCUACUAGAGAACCUCCACCAUGGCAAACAGACAGCUACAGGCUGAUUGCUCGCAUCGCGGCUGGCGAGGGGCGCUUCAAUCAGAACUCCGAUGUAGAUAUUAACACAGAGGUGAAGAGUAUAGCCGUCAACAAAAAAGGCGUAUAUUUUGCUUUCAGAGAUCAGGGCGCUUGUAUUAGCGUUCUGGCAGUAAAAGUAUAUUAUAUUACGUGUCCUGCUGUUACCGAAAACUUUGCACACUUUAACGAAACACCUACGGGAAGAGAAAUUACUAUAAUUGAGAAACAAAAUGGAACAUGUGUCGAUAACGCAGAACCGUAUGAGACGCCAACUUACUUAUGUAAAGGUGAUGGAAAAUGGACAAUUCUUACUGGUGGGUGUCGUUGCAAGGCUGGCUAUGAGCCGAAUUACACAAAUAAGACUUGUACAGAAUGUCCACUUGGGACAUUUAAAUCCCCAGAGGUUACAAAAUGUACUCCGUGUCCUCCCAAUUCAAAUGCUUCAAAAACUGGUUCACCUUUCUGUAAGUGUGCGUCUGGAUUCUAUAGACAUCCAAAUGAUGGUCGACAUAUGCCGUGUUAUAGUCCACCAGCUGCGCCUACUAAUCUCACGUUGUUGUUUGUUGAUCAAACAAGUGCAAUAAUAUCUUGGAGCGCACCGGCCAAAAAUGAAUCGUUUUCAUCUGAAACUAAUUCUAAAAUAUAUCACAGUGAUAUUGUGUACAAGAUCAAGUGUAAUAUAUGCAGCCCAAAUGUGGUUUACAAUCCCUCAACUGACACAUUUAACGAAACAAAAAUAACACUUACAAAUCUGGAACCGGUAACGACAUACACUGUGCAGAUACACGCAAUAAAUAGCGUGUCUCAUAUUAACGAAUUUAAAAGGCACUCCAACGAGUCUUCCCUGGUGGCAGUCAGUGACAUAGUAUUUUCAAAUACGUCUUUAUUAAAUAUACCUUUGGAUUUAAACGAAGUAAAGACUGGUCAAGCUGAAAUCGUUUUUACAACUGAGUCAGUUUUGCUCUCGACAGUUUUUAAUUUGCGUAUAUUGGCUAUAACUAAUAAAGAUGCCGAUCUAGAAUGGGAUAAACCUGUUCAAAGUGAUUUUCCACUUGAAUUUUAUGAAGUGCGCUGGUUUCCAAAGGUCGAAUUAGAUGCUAUAAAUAAAUCAGCUUUGAACACAAAAGAAACGAAGGCACAUAUAGUAGGACUUCUAGAAAAUACGGAGUAUGGAUUUCAAGUUCGUUGUAAAACGAAUAAUGGAUUUGGCUCUUAUAGUAACAUGAUUUACGCCCAAACUCUUCAAUCCGUUGGUUCAGUAUAUGACGAUUCUGUGCAAAUACGAUUUAUUGCUGGAGCCAUCGUGACGGGAGUAUUAUUUCUAGUCAUUUUUAUAAUAGCUACAGUAUAUUUCAUGAGAUCGAAGCAUCAGGAUGAUCUUGAUAAAAAAUCGACAAAUCAUUUGCCAUUACCACUUGACUACGCCAGCAACGAAGUGACGACGCCUUUAUUUGGAAAUAGCAGAAGCUACGUAGAUCCGCAUACCUAUGAAGAUCCUAAUCAAGCUAUAAGGGAAUUCGCUCGAGAAAUCGAUGCAAACUACAUUACAAUAGAAGCUAUUAUCGGAGGUGGAGAAUUUGGCGAUGUAUGUCGUGGUCGAUUAAAAAUACCCCCAAACUUUGUACAGGACAUUGAUGUGGCAAUAAAGACUUUAAAACCAGGGUCUUCGGAAAAAGCGCGCUGUGAUUUCUUGACAGAGGCUUCUAUUAUGGGACAGUUUGAUCAUCCAAACGUUAUUUAUCUACAGGGAGUAGUUACUCGGUCUAAUCCAGUUAUGAUUAUUACUGAGUACAUGGAAAAUGGCAGCUUAGACACAUUUCUUCGGGUGAAUGAUGGAAAGUUUCAAACAUUACAGCUUAUAGUUAUGCUUCGGGGUAUAGCCAGCGGGAUGUCAUAUUUAAGUGAUAUGAAUUAUGUACACAGAGACUUGGCGGCACGUAAUGUUCUUGUAAAUGCCCAAUUAAUAUGCAAAAUCGCGGACUUCGGAUUGUCACGUGAAAUUGAAAAUGCAAGUGAUGCAUACACAACUCGGGGCGGUAAAAUUCCUGUACGUUGGACUGCGCCGGAAGCCAUUGCUUUUAGAAAAUUUACUUCAGCAUCGGAUGUUUGGUCGUAUGGAGUAGUUCUAUGGGAGGUCAUGUCCUAUGGGGAACGUCCAUAUUGGAACUGGUCAAAUCAGGACGUGAUAAAGAGUAUAGAAAAGGGCUACCGUUUACCAGCUCCGAUGGAUUGUCCAGAAGCCCUUUAUCAGCUAAUGUUGGAUUGCUGGCAAAAGCAACGUACUCAUCGCCCCACAUUUGCAAGUAUCGUUUCAACUCUUGACAAUUUGGCACGACAACCACAGUCAUUAUUGACAACACGACCCUCGCCAGAAUCAGACGGUAAUCAUAUUUUGGAUGGACAGCGCGGUCAAAAUAUUUUCAUAAGCACUGACCUUUGGUUAGAGCACAUUAAAAUGUCUAGAUACUGUCAUCAUUUUAAAGAGGCUAAUUUAAUAAAUGCUCAACAGAUAUCCAGGUUAACAGCUCAACAACUUUCGGACAUGGGAAUUACUUUAGUUGGACAUCAAAAAAAGAUCUUACAUCAAGCCCGGCAACUCGACACUAUAAUAUAAACAAUUUAUUUUUACAAAGUAGUGUAAGGUGUACAUAUAAUGAAUACAUAAUGUAUUAUAUAAAUAAUAUAAUAUAUGGUGGAACUUUCUUAUUUCGAAUCAACAUCUGCAUCAUAAAAUCAAGUUAUACAAUAUUAUUCACAUGCAUUUUUAUCUUCUUUUGCCAAAAAAGAUACAGAUUUCGAAUUAGGAAAGUUCGAGUGUAAUUGACACGUGUGAAAUACCAGAACACAUACAUUUUAUAAGAAUUUUAUAGGUUCUCUUAACUAGAACAAUAGAAUAUAUAAUAGGAAAAGUAUUGUUUUUACGUUGUUUAAAAAUUAUACCUUAUAUAUCAAUGUGUACCAAUUAUUUAUUAUACGAACAAUUUUCAAGCUUAUUAUUAUAAGAGUUUAGAGGCGCUAUGAUUGCCUUGCUAUAUUUUACCUUUUUUUGUUGUGAUAGAAGUGGAAUUAAAGAACUAUUCAUCUUUAUUAGAUUAUAUUUCAUGGUUUACUUUGCAUAAAAUAGUGAAAAACUCAAUAAAAUUACACUCGUACGUAAGGUGCGGUAUUCCGGCCUAAAUCAUAAUGUUACUACCGUGUUAUCACUAAUCAGUAUUAUUAAAUUAGUAGGAUUUCAAAAUAUCAUUAUAUAUUAUGUCUAGUAAGUAUUCCAAAGGAAAAUUGAGCGCUAUAAAGUCUUCGUGCCUGAAUUCAGCAAUACAAGAUGUAUUAGUCUAUACCAGUGGUCCCACUGGACCCACUCUAAUGGGCGUUGCUUGGUGGAUUUAAUAGUAAUGCCUGACCGUGAAUAGAAAGCUCCGAUAAGGUUGCUGUCUAAGAAAUACAUUUUUCAUUUCUAUAAAUAAAAACUGAAAUUUAUUUGUAUUUUAUCAUUUCUUUUCGGCCUGUUAAGUUUAUAUACAAACUUCAAAAAAUAAAUAAAUUAUAUUAAUUUGGGCUAUAUAUUCUUAGGUUAUGCCGUAAUUGCAAAUUAUAUAUUAUAUUUGCAUUAAAUAGACAUAUUUAUUUUUUCAUUCAUUCUAAACCAAACAUGCUGAUAUGAGCACUACCGUCGAUUGCCUACAGCUUGCAAAUUUCAUUUAUUAAGUAUCUAUACAUCAUAACGUACUUACGUAUUUAUUUAUUAUUUAUAGUUCGAUGAUACAUAACUCAAACGACAGAAGUCUAAAAUAAAUAUGAACUCUGCUUAUACAGUAUAUAAUGUCGGGUAUAAUAGUUUUUUCACAACGUUUGGUAUCGAAACUUUUGUAUAUUAAGGGAGGCCCUCACUUGCUUUUUUUGCAGCGAAGUCGUAACUAAUAAGUGCUUGUCUAAUUCAAUUAUACUAGAAUUACGUGUUUAUAAGAAGGGACUUGGCCAGAUCGACUCGGCUAAAGAUGCUCUAUAUACAGUUAAUUAAGCCUAACACAGUCAGAAGUGGACUAUCCGGAAUACUUACAUAUGUAGAUCGUCUCUGGAUUGAUUCUAACUAAGCACAAAAAAGCGUUCCCAAGAAAUGUAGGAAACAAGAAGGGAAAACAAGCAUCGGCAAACGAAAGAUUAAAUAUAAUUUCUUUUCAUUAAGACUUUUUAAAAGAAAAUUAUAUUAAAUGGUAAAAGAAUAAGUCGGAUAAUAAGAAAUUAAACAGAAACCCAUUAUAAUAUGUAAAAAUAUUAAUACCAAAAAAAUAUAAUUCUUAAUAAUAUUAUUUAGACGUUUCAAAAUAAACAAGAGAAAAUGCUAUAGUCGACUUCCCCGACUAUCACAACAUUUUUGAAAAGCGUUGCCUUGGCAGUUUUAGGAGAAUGUAGGCGCAAGAGUGGGCGUGGCAAAGUUUUUAGGCAAUCAAUACAAAUUUACACGACUGAUAAAAAUAUAAAAAAAUAUCAAAACAUUUUGCAAAAGUGGGCGUGCAGCACGAAUCGACAAACUUCCGCUGUGUACUUAAUCUCAACCUUCUAGCUUCUAUAGUUCCUAAGACCUCGACGUUCAUUCGGACUGACGGACAGACGAACCAUGGCUAGAUCGACUGGGCUAUUGAUCCUGAUCAGGAAUAUAUAUAAUUUAUGUG